AUGGCUCCUCCUGAUAGGAAAGAGAUUGAUAAUCUUUUUAGACACAUAAUAACUGUUGAUGAAUUUAGAGAAAGAAGGUACACAUUCCCCAUCCAUCCCCUUACAUGGUUAGUGAACAACCCCAAAUUUGAGAAUUUUAGGCCCACAAUACGUCCCCCAGAUGAAGUUACUGAACCAGAUAUUUUUGCUUUGGAUUGUGAAAUGGUAUAUAUGGAGAAUAACGAGAAAGAGGUUGGUCGUGUUUCUUUGAUUGACAAGAAUGGUGAUGUUGUGUUUGAUGUAUUUGUUAAACCCCAAGGAAUAAUAAAAGAUUACGUGACAAAGUUCAGUGGACUUACAAAAAUUAUCAUAGACAAUGCAACUCAUACAUUGAAAGACGUCCAAGACCAGCUCAUCAAUGCGGUAAGAUCUAAGGAUCUUUUGAUUGGUCAUGCUAUAGAAAAUGAUUUGAUAGCUUUAAGAGUGUCCCAUCCUUUUAUUCUCGAUACACAGAUUUGUUAUGGAAAAAUUUGUCAGGUUACUACCCCUAAAUUGAAAAUUUUAGCUACUGAGUACUUAGAUUUGAAGAUACAAGAGGGUGAACACAGCUCUGUUGAAGAUGCUCAGAUAACUUUAAAAUUAGCCAGAAAGUUUGCGAGCAUACAAAACAUGAAGUUAUGCCCAACCAACUCCACCCUGAACCAAAUAGCAACUAGAGAACACAUAGAAGCACGGUCACUAGGCUCUCAGAUAUCCACAAGCUUAAAUACUUUGAGGAAUACGCCUCUGGGGAUUCCUCUCAUGAAUCCGAUGAUUUCAGCCCAAUUUCCAGUUAACGAAGGGAAUAAGCGAGAGCUGGAGCUCAAUUUUCCACAGGGGUUCUCUUAUGAUAUUCAGCACCUACACCACACAAAAUAUGCACAAUAUGCACAAUAUGCACAUUAUGUUCGAUAUGUUCAAUAUGCCCAAUAUGUUCAAUAUGCUCAGUACGUUCAAUAUUCACGAGCUCACCAAAAUCUCGCAGCUCCACCAUUUCAAGCUCCACCAUCUCGAGCUCCACCAUUUCAAGUUCCACCAUUCCAAGUUCCACCAUUUCAAGCUCCACCAUCUCGAGCUCUACCAUUUCAAGUUCCACCAUUCCAAGCUCCACCAUUUCAAGCUCCACCAUCUCAAGCUCCACCAUUGCAAGCUCCACUAUUUCAAGUUCCGCCAUCUCAAGCUCCUCCAUCUCAAGUUCUACCAUCUCAAGUUCCACCAUCUCGAGCUCCACCAUUCAACUCAUCACUUCCUCCUAGUCCCUAUCAUUAUCAAUAUAAUCCAUAUUCUUGUUAUUCUUCCAAUAAAACAUUGAUGGAUAGAACUUCAGGUCAAAUUGCACCAUAUACAAACAAUCAGACAAAUCAACUACACGUGAAUGGAGAAAGUAAGAUGACUCCUAGUGAUUCUUCUUCAAUUAAAUUCAACCCUGCACUUAAUUUGUCAGACUCUCAAUACAGUGCAAUUAAAUUUUUUUUAAAGUAUCUCAGAACAGAUUCAACACCAAACUUUUCAAUAAUCUUGGGCCCCGGAACAACUCAAUUAAUUGAUGAUCAAGUAGUGAAUACCAACAAAGAACUAGGAAAUACUUUAGAAGCUCCUAAAAAGAUUGAAUUUAUUGAAAAUGAAACAUAUGUAUCUGAAGCUUCCGCUGACAGAAGUGAUUACAAAAGAGAUCUUUCUAGUGAAGAAUCCAAAGAGCAUGAUGACAUGGAACAAAGUAAGAGUAAAGAUGAAGAACCUGCUACACUUGAGACUCAGGAUGUUACCAAGCUUCAGCAAAGUUAA